AAUAAAAAAAGGAGUGAGAGAGAGAAAUAAAAUAAAAAUCUGCAAAUCGAGUUGCCUUAUCUCUUGGCCAUCAUCGCCUUUAUAAUUUUCAAAUGUUUCUUUUUCUAUCAACAAACAAAGUCUUGUCACCAGCCAAGUAACGCAGCCCUCUGCCGGUUCCCGGCUGAGCUCCUUGAUCUUUGCCUUCUCUUCACCACUAUGUGGGCUUUCUAAGAGAUGGAGGACUAUAAUCAAAUGAAUGAGAACGCCAAUCCAAGGGGGAAUUUCUUGUAUGCUUCACCAGUUCUUGCACCCAAUUCUUCUCCUUACGGUAGAACAAAUAGUGGCCCUAACGUGAGCAAUCAGCAGACCCAGAUGCCUCUCAGUCCUUUCCAUCUUCAAUCAAGUGAAUGUUUCCAAUCAGAAGCACAUCCUAUAGUGAAGACAGAAGCCAGCACUUCCCAGCAUGCUCCGAAAUUUCACUACCCUUUAUUGAGAGGGCAUCAAGCACUUAAUCAAGGGAAUGAAAGCUCCAGUGAAGUGGACGCUAUCAAAGCCAAGAUCAUAGCUCACCCACAGUACUCUAACCUUUUGGAAGCCUACAUGGAUUGCCAAAAGGUGGGAGCUACGCCUGAAGUAGUAGCACGGCUUGCAGCUGCUCGUCAGGAGUUCGAAUCAAAGCAACGAUCUUCAGUUGCUUCUGGGGAUGCUUCGAAAGACCCAGAGCUGGAUCAGUUUAUGGAGGCUUAUUGCGACAUGCUGGUGAAGUACCGGGAAGAGCUUACAAGACCCAUUCAAGAAGCCUUGGAUUUCAUGCGAAGAAUCGAAACACAACUAAAUGCGAUCUGCAAUGGCCCCUUGCGGAUCUUCAACUCUGAUGAGAAGUCUGAGGGUGUUGGGUCAUCUGAGGAAGAUCAGGAAAACAGUGGUGGGGAAACAGAACUACCCGAGAUUGAUCCCAGGGCUGAGGACCGAGAACUGAAGAACCACUUAUUGAGGAAAUAUAGUGGUUAUUUAAGCAGUCUUAAGCAGGAGCUUUCUAAGAAGAAAAAGAAAGGGAAACUGCCCAAAGAAGCAAGGCAGAAGCUACUGAGCUGGUGGGAGUUACACUACAAAUGGCCAUAUCCUUCGGAGACAGAGAAGGUGGCGUUGGCAGAAUCAACGGGUUUGGACCAGAAGCAAAUAAAUAACUGGUUCAUAAAUCAAAGAAAACGUCAUUGGAAGCCAUCAGAAGACAUGCAAUUCAUGGUGAUGGAUGGUCUACAUCCACAGAGUGCAGCUCUCUAUAUGGAUGGUCACUAUAUGGGUGAUGGUCCUUAUCGUCUAGGGCCAUGAGCGAGCAGCAGCUGCCCUCAUGCUAGAGUGUAGUGUUAGUUUUCAUUCUCAGGCCUAGCAUGAAAACUAUUAUUCAUGCAAUGCUAUAUUAUCAUUGAGAAGCUUAGGUAAUGCAAUAGUAAGAACCUAAUGCGAUAGUAUUUUUUUCUUACGAGAAAUGUAAUCACUAUAAUCUUGUGUGCCAUUUGCUUGUAUGUCAUUACUGUGAUCAUUGAAGAUGGAAUAGUGGCCGUCGUCAUUGUGGCUUUCACAUUGGCUAAUUGGGACAUCUCCUCCCUUUCGUAUCCUAUGGGAUUUGAAGUUGGUGCGUGCAGCGUUGGCUCGUCUGGUGUGUAAAAGAGGAAACAAUUAGGCAAGGAUAGUUUUUUAAUUUUAGAGCAUGUGGGAUUUGUUUGCGUUUCUGUGAGGACUAUAAUCACUUGCUGUCAAGUGUAUAUAACGUGAGAAGUUAAUAUAAUUAGUAUGGUGCGUGAUUAUAUAGUGA